AAUUGUUGGUGGAGGCACGAAUACUGAUGACAGAUCUGUUGUCAGAGAGGUGUUUAUUGAUCAAACUUUUUGAGGUGAAUUUUGGAGUUUGCGAAACACAUCUUAGAUAUGGCUGAGCUUCGUACGAAACUGGCCGACAAGGCUUUGGUGGCGAUACCUCCGCCUCCAUCAAAAUUCACUUUGAGCGAAUGGUACUUGAAUAAUCGAUAUAGAAAUAGAAUAUGCCUGGACCAACAAAAACUAGCGGAUUCCAUCAUAGCCGAAAGCGACAGAUACAUCGACGAAGUCCAAGAAAAGACAGACCUCAAUAAGCGCGAAGUAGACCACAAGCUUACCGAAAAGCUCAAGGACAUAGAAUUCAAUAAAGGCGAAAUCGAAAAGCAACGAAAAGAAGUCUUCAUUGAAAUCGACAAUUUGAACACAUUCAUGGAAAGGAUAAAGGAUUCUUUGAACGCUCUAAAUGAAAACGCUUUGAAAAAUGUUAGAAAGUGUCUCAUUCUGAGAGAGGGACGACUCGGAAUAGACUUGUGCUAUGAUAAUGUAGAGAAACAAUUGAAGAAGGAGCUGCAGGUUAUUGAGGGUGGUCGUAGUCUGCUGAAUAGGACCUUAGAGCAAAGCAAUGAACAGGUCCGUAGACUAAGAUCAACAGUAUACUUCAUGGAUCGAGAUUUGGAAGACAAGGGUAACGUCCUAAAAAUUGAUCAACACAACAGCGCUCUGACAAAUACCAGUUUGAAUCUGAGCAUAUACCACGGUAUGACUCCAUUAGAUCCUGCUAAUAUAACCCUUCAGGAAUGGGAACAGUUCACCAAUCAAAACAUCGAGAAGGCCGCGAAAGAAAUCAACAGCGCCCGACAGCUUCGAUCCUACGUGGAUAUUUUACUUAAACAAGUCUUCGAAGAUCUAACCGCCCAAUUCCACAGCGUCAAUAACGCUUUCCGUUACAGAAUAGAAGAGCUCAAAGAAGCGAAAACAAAAAUGGAAAUACAACAUUCGGAAAUUGUAAGACAAGCAAAUGAAAUGACAAGAACAAUGACGCGUUUGAAAAAGGCGAUUAGCGAAAAGGAAGGAUACAUGGCCUUGGCGCACACCAGACUCGGAAAUAGAGCUCAAAGGCCAGGAGUAGAAUUAUGUAAAGAUUUGGUAGAGAUUUCACUAGUGAACGAGGUUGCAGAAAUGAGAGAAAAUCUUGCAAUAUUACAACUGAAGUUAGCCGAGGCACAAGCUUCCCUGAGAUACUUAUUAAAAACACAAAUACAGCUAGAAGAAGAUAUUAAUGUGAAGACGAAUUCCUUAAAAAUUGAUGAAGUGGACUGUAUGACUUUAAGACAAAUUAUGGAUUACCAUAAUUAUUAAAUAAACAAGUACUGGCUUCGAA